AUGACCCAAUCGUCUCUCUCCUCGUGCGCUCGACUCGACGACUCGUUCGGACCUCACGCCGGCGACUGUCGUGGCGGUUUCGACUUCACGCUGCUCUUCGAGGAGACGAUUCUUACUCUUCUGCCCCUGGGCCUUCUCCUCUUCGUGCUUCCUCCGCGCGUCUGGUUCCUGUGGAAGCGCUCUAAGAAGGUGGCGGCAGCCAACCACUUGGCAGCUGUCAAGCUUUCGGCUUGGAUCGCCCUCAGUGCUGCGCAGCUCGCGGCACUGAUCCUCUGGACGACACCGUCGGCCGUCCGAACGCGGACCUCCCUGGCUGCUGCUGCUCUCACUCCGCUCUCCACGCUUGGCCUCUGCCUCCUCUCGUACGCCGAGCAUGGCCGUGCCGUCCGGCCCUCCUCCAUCCUGAACUCCUACCUGUUUGCCACCCUUCUGUUUGACAUUUCCCAUGCUAGAACCCUGUGGCUCCGUGCCGCGGAUCAUGUGAAUCACAUCAUUGCCUACGUCUCCGCCGCCGCCGUCGUCGCCAAGGCAUUCGUCCUCGUGCUUGAAGCCCUGGAGAAGCGGCGCCUGCUGCGUCCCGAGUACCGGGCUUACCCGCCCGAAGCCACUAGCAGCAUCUACAACCGGUCCUUCUUCUGGUGGCUGAAUCCGCUUUUCCGCCUGGGCUUUAGCCGCGUGCUGGACGUCGACGACUUGUUUGUGCUGGACAAGCAUCUCCAGGCAUCGUACUGCCACAGGCGGUUUCGGGAAGCUUGGACCUCCGUUGUCCGGAAGUCGCCGUACUCUCUUCUAGUGGCAUCAUUUGACGCACUAAAGUGGCCCGUGCUCCAGACUAUUCCGUCACGUGCCUGCCUCACGGCGUUUACCUUUUGUCAGCCAUUUCUCAUCAACCGCACCAUCAGGCUAUCACAGGAACCCAUCACCAAUGAGACGACACAGAUCGGCUAUGGCCUCAUUGGCGCGUACUUGCUGGUCUAUGUCGGCAUCGCGGUCUCGAUGGGCCAAUACCAGCACCGGACCUAUCGCACCAUCACCAUGGCCCGCGGAGGCCUCGUCUCCAUUAUCUACCGCAAGACGGGCACUCUCAGCCUCAGGGACGUUGAUCCCGCGGCGUCCAUGACGCUCAUGAGCGCCGACAUGGAGCGCAUCGUCCAGGGCUGGCAGACGAUGCACGAGAUCUGGGCGAAUUUCGUCGAGGUCGGCGUCGCCAUCUAUCUCCUGGAGCGGCAGAUGGGUGUCGCGUGCGUCGUGCCUGUUGCAGUGUCCAUCCUGUCGUUGCUGGGGUCCCUGGUCGCCAUGAACUUCAUCAUGUCUCGCCAGGCCAUGUGGCUCGAGGCCAUCGAGAAGCGCAUCUCGGCCACCUCCGCCAUGCUGGCGUCCAUGAAAGGCGUGAAGAUGUCCGGCCUGAAUGACACACUGCUAGCCAGCCUACAGAAGCUGCGGGUCGACGAGAUGCGCAUCUCGAAGCGGUUUCGGAAGCUGCUCAUCUGGAACAUGGUUUUCGCCUAUGUGACGCAAGUGUUCGCGCCCGUCUUAACCUUUGCCGUCUUCUCGGUCCGUGCCCGCGACGGCAGCGACAAGACGCUGGACACGGCGCGCGUCUUCACCGCGCUGUCGCUGUUUGCCCUGCUCUCGGAGCCACUGGCGUCCCUGGUCAUGUCGCUGGCAACCUUCCUGGGCGCCGUCGGCAGCUUCACCCGCAUCCAGCAGUUUCUCGAGUCGGAUGAGCGGGCCGACAUGCGCGGGCCCGACGAGCUGGCCGACGAGCCCAAGUUAGCGGCUGACGCCAUCAGCGUCCAGGAGGGUGACUUUGGAUGGGAUUCCGCCGAGCGGCCUCUGUUGAGUGGCAUCACGCUGUCGAUCCCUUGGCGGAAGCUCACCAUGGUCGUCGGCCCGGUCGGUUGCGGCAAGUCAACGCUGCUGCACGCCCUGCUGGGCGAGAUCCCCGCGCUGGCGGGCUCGGUGCGCCUCGGCUGCACGAGCGUGGCAUACUGCGCCCAGAACCCCUGGCAUAUGAACGGCACCGUCCGGCAGGCCAUUGUGGGCAGCAUGCAGUUUGACGAGAAGUGGUACGCGCGUGUCGUGCGCGCCUGUGCCCUCCAUCGUGACUUUAGACAGCUGCCCAUGGGCGAUUCAUCGCGGAUCGGGAGCCAGGGGAUUGCGCUCAGCGGUGGGCAGAGUCAACGUCUGGCACUGGCUCGCGCCGUCUAUGCUCGUAGAGAAAUUGUCAUCUUGGACGACACCCUCAGCGGGCUCGAUACGUCGACCGAGAACCAUAUCUUCCAUCGUCUCCUCGGCGAGAAGGGAAUCCUCCGCGAGAUGCACUCCACCGUGCUGCUAGUUUCCUCCUCAGCCAAACGCCUUCCCUACUCGGAUCACAUAGUGUGUCUUGGCCCCAAUGGGGAGAUCAGCGCGCAGGGCACGUUUGCUGAUCUCAACGAUACUGGAGGCUACGUGUCCUCGUUUUCCUUGCCUCGGGCUGACUGGACCUAUGUCCCCAACAAUGGUGGUGGUGAUGAUUAUGAUGAUGAUAUCACUAGUCCCGACGAUGAUCACGAUGACAUGGCCACUGCUGCUCCUCCCAAGGAAAUCGACUACGGCGCUUCGUUCUCGUCGAGCGAGACUAUUACAAGUACCCGCGAUGGAGAGGCCGAGACGAGCCGACAGACCAGCGACGUGCAGAUAUACCUGUACUAUGUGAAGUCGGUUGGCUGGUGGGCGAGUGUCGUCUUCGUGUUUGCCAUUGUCGGUUUCGUGUUCGCCAUGUCGUUCCCGACUGUCUGGGUUAAGUGGUGGGCAGCCGACAACGAGCGUCAUCCCAACAGCAGGCUGGGAUAUUGGCUGGGUGUUUAUGCCGCGCUUGGAUGCAUUGCCAUUGUGUGCUUGUUUAUAAGCUGUUGGCAAAUGAUCAUCACGAUUGUCCCCCUAUCUGGGGAAAGAUUCCACUUGGCGUUGCUCAACACUGUACUCAGUGCACCCAUGUCAUUCUUCACCAAGACGGAUUCUGGUGUCACCAUGAAUCGGUUCAGCCAAGACCUUCAGCUCAUAGAUAUGGAGCUGCCCAUCGCCGCGCUCAACACCUUCGCCACAUUCAUCCUCUGCAUUGCCCAGAUGGUCCUCAUCGGCGUUGGGUCCAUCUAUGCGGCCAUCUCGUUUCCCAUCGUUUUGCUGGCCCUGUAUCUCAUCCAGAAAUUCUACCUGCGUACCUCGCGGCAGCUGCGUCUAAUGGACCUCGAGACCAAGGCCCCACUCUACUCGCUCUUUGAAGAGUCACUCAGCGGGCUCGCCACAAUCCGCGCCUUUGGGUGGCAGGACGCGCUGGAGGACAGAAACCACACGCUGCUGGAUCGCUCGCAGCGGCCCUUUUACCUCCUAUUCGCCGUACAGCGCUGGCUCACGCUCGUGCUGGACCUGCUCGUCGCCGCCGUCGCCGUGCUGCUGGUGGUGUUGGUGGUCGAGCUCCGCGGCACCGUGGGAGCAGGCGGCGUCGGCCUCGCCCUGCUCAACGUGAUCCAGUUCAGCCAGAACAUCAAGCUUCUGGUCACCUUCUGGACGACUCUCGAGACGCACAUCGGCUCCGUCGCUCGCAUCAAGAGCUUCACCGAGACGGCCGUGCCGGAGGACCUGCCCGGGGAGAAGGAUGCGCCUCCGCCGGGCUGGCCGUCGACUGGCGCGAUUGAGUUUGAGAAUCUUUCUGCUGCCUACAGCGGAGAUGAUCUCGUCCUGAAAGACGUUUCUCUUUCCAUCCAAGCCGGCGAAAAGAUUGGAGUUUGCGGGAGGACGGGCAGUGGUAAAACUUCUCUUAUCAUGAGCCUCUUCCGCCUCGUAGAUUCCCAACGCGGGUCCAUCCGCGUGGACGGCGUGGACAUUGCCACCCUCCCCAGGAAAGAAGUCCGUCGUCGGAUCGUCGGCCUGCCGCAGCAUCCCUUCCUCCUCAAGGGGUCCGUACGUCUCAACGCGGACCCGAUGGGAGCUGCCUCGGACGAAGCCAUCACAGCGGCCCUUCAAUGCGUGCAGGUAAUGGAUCUCGUCGACAAGAAUGGCGGCCUGGAUGCCGACAUCGACGCCCUGAAUCUGUCCGGUGGGCAGAAGCAGCUGUUCUGUCUUGCCCGCGCUAUGCUUCGUGUCAGCACCAUCCUCAUCUUGGACGAGGCCACUAGCAGCAUCGACGCAAAGACCGAAGAGACGAUGCAGCGCCUUAUCCGCAAGAAAUUCGCCAACCACACCAUAAUCGCCGUAGCGCACAGGCUCGAGACCAUCAUGGACUUUGACAAGGUGGCCGUUCUGGACGCUGGAAGGCUCGUCGAGUUUGACAGCCCGUAUGCCCUCCUUGACGUGCCCGGGUCGGCCUUUGCGAGGCUGUACAGCGCGGCGAUGGCUGACGAGGAGGAGGAGGAGAACGUUGAAGUGCCUAGCUGGCUGCUUCACUCUCUAUGA